AUGUCCUGGAGAUCGCUGAGCCUACGAGGCAAUCGGGGGGCUGGUAAGAAGAUUCUUAUCGCGUGCCUCAUUUAUAUGUGCGGACUUGAGCUGUCACGAUUGGAGGAAUUAGAACGGAAAGGAAUUCAGCAUGGAGACAUUGUGCCAUUUUUCGAGGAGAGAGGACAGCCUCUAUGUUUCCAUGCUCCGUCGGGCCUUUUCAAGGUUGAAGAGAGUCAAACGCCUGACGUUGCCAUCUGGGUUGUUGAUGGCUCAGAUCGGUUAACCUGGGCCACAUCAGCACAGAAACUGGCAGUUAAGCUGUCAAGUGGCGAGCUUCAACCACACGAGAGUUCGAUCAUUGUGGUUAACAAAUUGGACUCGGUCAGCUGGUCUGAGAAGACAUUCAAGGAUGUAGUCGACGUAUUCAGCGUUCUCAGUUUGAACAAGCGUUUCCGCGUUCAAAGGGCAGAACGUACUUCCAGACUCGAAGGAGCCUUCGUGGGCAACCGGUCUAUCUUCACAACAGUUUGGGGGAUCAAUCGCGGUGUCGAGUGA